AUGCCGUGCUUCAAGGGACUCGCGGUGAGCAUUCACACACCGGAUGGCCCCAUCUCCGAAUACUCGAUCCAGCGCCAAUCGCGCGCCUCACGGAUAGCCUGUUUUAUUCCUGUACCUCCACCCAAGGUUCCCACCACGUCUACGACGGGGAAAGCCGAACAAUCCACCUUUGCCGUCUCGAUCACCCUUCUGAAUCCCGGCCAAGAUGUGCCCUACUCGACCCCCAAGCCGACCGCCGAGUGUCCCAACCCCAAACCCAAAGUCGUCGGAGGUCUGCCCGGCCAAACCGGCGAGCGUGGACAGUAUUCUGGAUCGGUCGCUCCGUAUCAGGCCCUGACCAACUCGCCCAGUGAGACGGUCGCAGCCUACAUUUACUUCGAUGGCCGACAAAAGGAAGAGGUGGCGACAUUGCUGCGGAGAGGGGAAGAGACCUGGGUCAAUUCACGAUGGGUCAGCGUCCCGGAAUCCGAGGGCGGCGGCAUCGCCGAGCGCGAAUUCCUGUUUCGUGAGGUGGGCUUGGAGCGAUGGUUGAAUGGGUUGGAUCUAGAGGGCAAGGAUGUCGCCGCCAAAAUCGAGCGACGGCGACAAAAGAUGGAGAAGCGCCGCGCCAAGCGCCUUCUGGAUGACGCGAAUGGCAUGGAGACAGAAGCCAGCAGCUCCAAGCCAAGGGACAUUAUGCGCUACGGCAAUGACGAGAAAUCACCCUUGGAGACCAUUUCCGACGAUGAUCUCUCCUCGGAUACCGACGAUGACGACCCGAUUCCCGAGACUGCUGGCCAGAUCAAGGUGGCCCUGUUCCGCGUUUUGGCGUCGGGUGAAAUCAAGCGUGGCGAAUACUCCCCGCAAUUUGAUGCUCACGAUGAUGACGAAGAGGGUGGUCAAGGAAAUGGAGGCGGCAACGGCGAUGCUGAUGUUGACCACACCACGAGUUUUGCGAAGCCGAAGAGUCUGGAUCCCAAGUCCAUCAGUACCCAGACCGUGACUGGCAUCGACCCCACGGAUAAGCCUUAUGCCACCUUCACAUUCAUGUAUCGAGGCGAAAUGGUCAAUUUUAGGGCAACUACAAAAGAUGGGUAUCCUCAAAGACCCAAGGUGCAAGACACACCAGCAGCCAAACGAAAGUCACUUCAGGCGGACUUUGCCAACCUCGGUCCCUUGAAGAAUGAAGGAACGGUCGGGUUCUUGAAUUUCCGGGAUCACGAGGCUCGCGCCAAGGGUCACAAGGGAGAUGGGGACGAGAUGGAGAGCGACGAUGAAGACUCCGACAAUCCCAUUCUGGGCAAGGCCGACGAUGAGGAAGCCAAGGAUGAUGGGCGAUUCCUCUCUCCGGACGAUAUCAGGCGCCAGGGAGAAUUGGCCGAUGGUGUGGAAAGGAUUCGUCUCAAGCGUCAGCACUCCGCCGAGCCCGUGGCUAGUGCCAGCGCUCCGCUGCCGGAAUCUUCGGCGUCGGCAUCCGGGACCCGUCGAGCCGCCUCCUCAUUUGCCGGGGAUGCGUCUGCCGAUUCUUUCAUUGGCAGCCCCCUGAAAAAGCAACGGGCCAGCGUGUCGGGUGCCGAUGAGAAUGCGCUUCGUCGUCGGAUUGCCGAAUCUUCGGGCCGGAUCAGUGAGGUUCUGGCAGACAAUAGCGAGAACGCCAUGUCCACCGUGCCUGGUGGCAGCAAUCUUGCUUCCGAAACCCCCAUGGCUACCGCGCCCAACGAGGAUGAGGAGCUCUGA